GCGGAGCGGGGCGGGGGACGGAACGGGCGGUGGAGCGGGGAGCGGAGGAGACGCUUUACCCCGUCCCCGAGGCGGCCAUGGAUUUCCGCGAUAUUCUCGUGAUGGCCUCGGAGCAGCAGGGGCUGAACGCGGUGCCGAAAAGGUACAGUUUGGCUGUUGGUCCUCCUAAAAAGGUUCCAAAAGUCAAGGGUGUAGAGUCUGCAGCAGUGCAAGCAUUUCUCAGACGGCAAGAAGAAGAGAAAAGAAAAAAAGCACUGGAAGAAAGAAGAAAGAAAGAACAACUCUUGGCUAGACGUAUUGAACUGAAACAUGACAGAAAGGCAAGAGCUAUGGCCUCACGAACAAAGGAUAAUUUUUAUGGCUAUAAUGGCAUUCCUGUUGAAGAGAAGCCUAAAAAGAGGAGGACUUGUGAGAAUGUUGCUCAGGCCUCAGAGGCUGAGUAUGCAGCAGAAGAUGAAACUGAGCAACUUGAAUACAGUCAGACAGAAUCUGAGCAUGAGCAAGAAGAAUAUGAAGAGAAACCAUCCAAAGUUGCAGUGAAACCAAAGGCAGCUCCCAAAAGUGCACCAGCACCUCUGAACUUCGCAGAGCUCUUAAAGCUUGCUGAGAAAAAACAAUACGAACCAGUGGAAAUAAAAGUGGUGAAAAAGGUAGAAGAGAGACCAAGAACAGCAGAAGAAUUGAGAGAGAGAGAGUAUUUGGGACGCAAAAACAGAGUAGAAAUGCAUAAGAAAAGUGAAAAGGAGCUUAAGAAUAUGGGGACAUCAAGUUCUUCAAAAAAAGUGACUUCUCAGAGAGAACCUGUAAAUGCCAAACUUAAUAAAAGCUCAGUAAAUAAACAUUCCACACCAAAAGGCAGUGUGUCUUCUUUGAGUGGUACUGAUAAGAAAUCCAAAGCACCAGCACUGACUGAAAAACACUCACAGUCAUCAUCUUCUAGAGUAGAUCAAAUGGAAAAAACUUCACAAAAUGGCUCCUUAAAAAGCUCUUCUGGUAGCACUCAUAGUAAACUGCCUGUCAACGGUACUGGAAGGUCUGUCUCAAGCUCCCAUGUGCCACCCUCAAAGCCAGCAGCCAGUGGGGCUCAGAGGCUGCCAUCUUCUAAAGAAUCCAGCCUGAAAAAGUCUGCCCAUAUGAAAUCAGGAAGUGCUGCACCCCUUCAGCAUGGGAUCAACUCGAACGCAAAGCGAUCAGGCAGCAGCUUAGGAAAAGGAGGACCAGGACAUCCAGGCAUCGGUUCAAGUGCAGGACCUGGGCGAUCAAGCAGCAAUUCUGGUGUGGGACCUGGAAGGCCAGGACUUGGGCGACUGGAUAGCAGCUCAGCUGCAGGACCUGGAAGGCCAGGCAGCAACUCAAGCUCAGGACCUGGGCGACUGGGUGGUGGCUCAGGCAUGGGACCUGGAAGGCCAGCUGGCAGCUCAAGCAUGGGACCUGGACGGCCAGGCAGCAGCUCGGGCACUGGACCAGGAAGACCAGGCAGCAGCACAAAUGCAGGACCUGGGCAACCAGGCAGCAGCAUGGGUACAGGACCAGGAAGGCCAGGAGUCAGCGCAAGUACUGGACCAGGAAGGCCAAGCAGCAGCUUGGGAGCAGGACCAGGAAGGCCAGGAAUCAGUCCAAGCACAGGUGCCAAGCGACCAGGCAGCAGCUUGGGAACAGGACCAGGAAGGCCAGGCACCAGCCCAAGCACAGGACCUGGGCGACCAGGCAGUGGCCUGGGGACAGGACCAGGAAGGCCAGGCACCAGCCCAAGCACAGGACCUGGGACAACUGUGAAACCGAAGUGUACUGUUGUAUCAGAAACCAUUUCUUCUAAAAACCUAGUCACAAGACCUAGCAAUGGACAGAUAAAUGGAAUGAGGUCUUUUCAAGGCCAUAGACCUGGGCUCCAUCCACAAGGUCUUGGAAGACUGCCUGUUGGUUACAAGAGACAAAUAGAAGAUGAUGAUGAUGAAUAUGACUCUGAAAUGGAUGACUUCAUUGAGGAUGAAGGAGAACCCCAAGAAGAAAUAUCAAAACAUAUUCGGGAAAUAUUUGGCUAUGACCGGAAAAGAUACAAAGAUGAAAGUGAUUAUGCCUUACGUUACAUGGAGAGCAGCUGGAGAGAGCAACAGAAAGAAGAAGCUAGAAGCUUGAGACUUGGUGUUCAGGAGGACUUAGAAGAAUUGAGACGGGAAGAAGAAGAAUUAAAACGCAAGAGGCAGUCUAAGAAGCUGAGGACACGUUAACUGACUUAUGGUGUUGACUUUGUUCAUGUUCUGCUACCCUCUGCCUCCAUACAUCUGUUACUCUACUUCAGUUUCCAUUUGCUUGUUAGAGGGCAAAAGAAUAUUUAAAGGGAUUAAAGUACUGAAAAGCAAGGCUUUAGCUUGACCUAAAUAAGAUAUUUAUUUUUAAUACUUGCCAGGGUUGUUUUUUUAUGAAGAAAUUAAUGCACUAAUGCAUAUUGGGUGGAAUGAAAUUAGAUGUUUCCAUCAAUUAAACCAGUUCAAGAUGCCAGCAGAAAUAUUGACUAGCUAUGCACUGACUUGGAACACCAUGGGCCCACGUACCAGUAAACCAAUUUUGCAUUCGCUUGAGAGAGAGGAACAGUGGUCUUGUUCCCUAAUAUUUCUUGUCUUAGAAAUUGCUUUCUAUGCUAUUGUCUCCCAACUUAAGCCUCCAAGUAUUGAAAUGUCAUCUUCUGUCCAGAAGCAGCUUGGGUGUAAAUUCAGCCAUUGCCACAGAUGUUCAAAGCAAUAAAGUGCUGCAUAUUUUCUCAUUUGAGGACCCAUAAAAAUAAUUCGAAGCUUUUUAUUUCUAAACAGAAAAGUGCAUGUCAUUUGCAAAUUUUACAGUUAUAGAUAUAGCGAAAAGGUUAUGUUGACUUUUGCUAUGUCUGGAUUUCCAAUGCCAAUCAGAAUGAUAAAAAGAUACACUGAAAAUGGGAGUUUCUAGUGUUUUUAUUUAACUUGUGCAUUUGGCUCAGGCAAAUGCUUGGGAACUCUUUACCUGCCCUGUAAAAGUUGACAUUUGUUUAACAGCUUUUGCUGCUUUUACAGAUCAUGUAUGGUGCACGUGUUUUUUCUUGCAUUAAACAUCUGAUGUGUUAAAUGGUUUAAAAUGUGGAGCAGUCAUUUAUCUGGUUAGGUUUACUAUUUAGAAAGCACAUCAGAUUAAGUUUUGUUACAAUGUAUUUGCAGCUCUUUAUUAACUUCAUUUUAACUAGUUAAUACUUGUAAUUAAUUUCAUAAAACCAAAAAUCUAAAAUGUUACAUAUAGCAGGGGAGUUAAUUCAGUUACCUUAAUACCCAUAUUUGCACAUUAUUUCUAACUAUGCACUUAGCGUGUUUCUUUCAGUAACUGAAUUUGUUUACAAUCAGCACAGGGUUUGUGUAAUUCUGCAGGAGUUGUAACGAGAGUCUGAGGUUUGAAUCUGGUGUUGCAUCUACUUUGAUGUCCCCAGGCUGCCCUUCAAAGCUCACCAGUAUCACUAGUCGGCUUUGCCUGAAGCUCCAGGACUCCACUGAUAAUACCUCUGGAUUCAGCUGCUGGGGCUAUUAUGUUUUUAUGCUGGAACUACUUGGAAAACUACAAAAAGGGCUUUGGAUGUUGGGAAGUAAAGGAAUGAAAAUGAAAAAAUUGCCUUGUAGAAAAACAACCAAGAAACCUUUCCUAUCAGGGUGCUUCUAGGGAGCAGUUCAGAUAUCCUGUAAGGAACAAUCUUGGAAGCUGCUGAAGUUUAAACAUCUGACUCUUAAUGUAAGAAGAAACAGAUUUGCCUUUUUAAGCUGUUUUCUGUCAAUGGUGUAGCAUUUCACUGCCUCAGUAAAACACUGACAUGGGUAAGCUAUUGGCAUAGAUUCUGUAAAUUAAUUCAGUAUUACCUGACAGGGAGCCCAGGUUAAGAUACCAUCGCUGCUCUCUCUGUAUUUUUAACUUCCUAUAUUAACUAUGAAAACCUGUUUCUCAGUGUAAGCACUUGAGAUCAUGCAAGAUGGUGUAACUUCAUGGCUUGUCUAGAAGUGUUGUAUUCAUUCUGCUUUAUUGGGACCAUCUAAAAUUUUCUGUUGUAACUCCUAGAAUUAUCCAUUCAAGACAAUGAACACUGGGACCAUGAUCAAGUUGCUGGGUAAUUUUACUUUUUAAUGCUUUUUUAGCUGGGGAGACGCUCUAGAUAUGUCAACUGUGAACACCUUCCUGCCUAGUUGGGAAAAGUUUGUCAUAAAAUAAAAGAAAUAUAUUAAUUCAAAAUUGCUUCAGUUGGGAAUUAAAUCUGCAUUUUGGAUAAUACAGGUUAAAUAACUUGAUCAUCUCACCACUUUCAGAUUAUAUAGCUGUGCACGAUCAGUAAAAUGUCUUGAUCUGUAAAGCACUUUGUCUUUUGUCUUUUAGAUGGUGACUGGAAUGUACUCUGCUAGCCUCCUUAAGGCACUGUUUCUUCAUACAGUGAUCAUUGCUGAAUUUUUUCCAUUUCAUAGGAAAAAUUAUUCAAGGACAUUUGUAAUUUUACAGUCAAGAAGUACUUUCUCAUAAUUGGCACGGGAUGCUAAUGGUUUUCAAAUUUUGUACAAAUGUUUAGGUUUUAAUGUGCUUACAUUUGCUGCAUAUUUGUAAAUCUGCUAGGAAGUAACUAAAUUUUUGUGGGUUUAAUUCCCGACCUUGUAUCCAAAAAUGUUUACUGUUUGCCAAUUUAAUAGUGUUAAUCUAAUGAGAGUACUUCAGCACUUGUCCAAAGUGCAUCUGAAUUUGAGGUUAAGGAAAACUGUAGGAAUGCUUCUAUUGGUUUAUGAGGAUCUGAUGUUAAGCUAAUGAUUUAAUUGUAUUCAAUGGAAUUUUGGUUUGGUUUUUAGACUUUUAAUUCACUGUUUGACAAUGUGCCUUUUACUAAAUUGUGUCAAAAAUGUAAUGAAUGUAGGAGUAUAAAAAGGUUGGUUGGUUUCUGCUAUCUCAGAUUCUAUAUCCUUGAACUUGAUAGUGUGAAAUUGCAUACUUUUCAUAAAACACUUCCAGGUCUGGCUUUGAUUGCACAAUUACAGUAGCUACUUCUUUACUGCUAAUGCUAAAUCAAAUGAAGGGCACUUUCUAUUGAUGACUACUUUUUGAAAAUGUCUUCUAUUUACACUUAAGCUGUAUUUCACUUUACAGCGAUUGUCUUUUGGAGGCCAGGGUUUUGCAUAUCACAGGAAGCCUUAGUGUGCAACUCUGUGCUGUGCUUUAAAAUAAAAACCUUUCAAGAAGUAUGAGAUCUCUAUGGAAAUGUGGAUUUAUUUUUGUGUAAAGCCCAAAAUAUUGUCCAGGAAAACUAAUUUUCUAUUUUUUUUGCAUUUUGUAACAUAAACUAGUGGCUGAUGCAUAUUUCUAGAUCUAGCAUAUUUCUGGAGACCAAAACAUGUCAGAAAAUAAAUAUAUGGAGAGACUGGUGUUUAAAGUCUGAUGAAUGUACUUCUAUUUAUUUUGGUGAAUGGGUGUGAUGCAAUAUUAAGGUGUUAGCGUGUAAAUAAGGGUGCUUUUAGUUUUAGCCAAUGAUUUUCUCUUUUCUUUGGGGAUAUCAUUUGUGCACAAUGUCUUUUUACACUGUGACAAAUCAGGUUAAACUCGUACAUAGCUUAACUGUUUUCUGGUGCUGUCAAAGCAUAUACUUUUGCAUACACCAAAUGCAUAUAAGUUUUGCAGAGUAUGUAUACAAUAAAUUACAGGCAUUAAAAAUGUUACUGCUAUUUCUUAUUGGUUUACUUUAUGGAAGAUUUCAGAAUUCUUUUCUGCUGGUUUCUUCUGAGCUGUCACAUACAACAGCAUUGGGCUCAGCAUUCUCCAAGAAUUUUUCUUGUUCCCAUGCAGCCAGCAAGAAUGUAUGAAAAAUUAAAGGAGUCACUUAAGCAUUCUGAGAAGAUCUGAAAAUCAUUGGCAUCUCCUGCAGUUUAAGCUUGUGACAUAAUAUAUAUUUGGAUGUACAUGUAAUUUAGAAUGAUAAUAUACACCAGUGUGCCAGUUGCCUUUAAUCCCUUCCAUUUGGAGUAUCGUGUUUCAGCCUGAUGUUUCAUAAGCAGCAUCUUUCUAUGAUUCUGUUAUUCCUAUGUAAAGCAUCUGAAUGUCCCUCAUGGCUGUCUCCUAUGGAAUGGUUUACUACUUUGAUGGGUGGGGAUAAAUAUUAGUGACUGUUCUGAUCAGCUGGUCCUGUGACUCCCUUCCAAACAGGUAAUUAAAUACACAUCAUGGUGAGUCCAUAUGCAGUUCCUUUAAAACAGCAAUGCUUGCACAUUGCUGUACUUAAUUUUUUAAAUUUUAUCUCAAAUCAGUGUUUAAUCAGUGCUUCAGGAGUACCAUGAUUUGAAGGCAUGAAAUCUUGCCUUGUCUGUAAUUACCUUGUACAAAAUUCCCUUGAGACUUUUCAUGUAUCUUAAUAGCUGUAAUCAGUCACAGGUCAUUAUUUCAAUCACAUUAUAUUUUGUUCAGGUGGAGGGUGAUUCUACAUGGAGAUCUUAAUCCAGCUAGUAAAGCCGCAUUUCUUUGGAAGCAAGAAAAUCAUUUUACUCAGAUUUGGAAAAAAAAUAAUUAGAUGUUUCCCUUAUUUGAGGGCAAUCCUUAGUUGUAAUUUAUUUGAAAUAACAUUUUAGUUCCACAAGAGCAAACUUCAGUUUAGUUAUCCCAUAGAUAGCCUUUUCUUACCACUUGAAAUGCACAUGGAAGCAUUUCUCUAUUUUUCUAUGAGCCUAGGGAUCCAAAAAAACCCUUUGACAUGCUUUUAAUAUACUUUGUGGGAUGAAAUUAAAAUGGAAGAGGUUCCUGAAGUAAUGGAACAUGUCACCAG